AUGGCCCAAAGUGGCCCCUUCGACGCUAGCGAUCCGCUCUUCCACGUCUGUUGGCGGCGCCAGUCGUGCUCAUCGUGCCUGUCCGGCGAUGUCGCGUGCAGCUGGUGUCCCAUUUCUUCGACCUGCGUGCCCAACCCGGCCCGUCUCCCGAUCUUCAGCCCCAUCCGCUCCUCGCAUCUCUGUCCGCUCGGCUCCAAGGAACGAUGGGAGCUGCGCGCUGCGCCCUUUGGGUGCAACGUCAGCACCUUGACGGUCCUAUCUGUUUUGGUUGCUGUGUUGUCUUCGCUAGCGCUGGCCGGACUGGUGUAUCUGGUGGUUUGGGCGGUGCAGCGGCUGCGCUCCCGUUGGAAGGAUGCUCAGUAUGAGCGGCUGGAUGAUGGCCAGGGGCUGGAACCGACGAGCUGUGGCUGUCAGGACUGGGGACUCCUCGCGUGGCUAUUGAGUCUCGUGGGCGGCCAGGGCCAGGACCAGGCACAGGCGUCGGGGGAGCCCGAGGAAGAGAAUAAUGAGACGAGCCCGUUAUUGAACUGA